AUGGCGUUUGCUGGGACAAAUGUCAGUUUGUCCCAGCCGGAUAUAACGCAAAAACUGACGGAGCGCAUAGAUGAUCUGAAGCAGAGAAUCGCUGCUUGGGGAAAGCGGAUUCGGCGAUAUACCGAGAGGUCGACACGGUUCAACCAGAAUCGUCUCUUCCAGAGUGAUCAGAAGAGGCUCUAUGAAUCAUUGGAGCGACCAAUGGUAAGUGGAACGGGUCCAGCACCGAAUCAGGCCGACACUGUAGCAUUCUGGCGCGGCCUGUGGUCAGAGCCCGUAAACCACAGCGAGGGCCCUUGGACGGAAGUUGUGGCGAGUCAGUGUGCGGGUAUUACGCCCAUGGACCCCGUCAUCAUAACGCCGGAUGACGUAGCUGAGGCGGUCCGUAGGGCCCCGAACUGGAAAAGUCCGGGGCUUGACGGGCUGCAUCACUACUGGCUGAAGGGGUUCAUGGUGUGUCACUCUGUGCUUGCCCGACAGUUUCAAGAGGCUCUCAACCAGAAGUCGCUCCCAAGCCUCUUCACUACUGGGAUCACUCAUUUGGUUCCUAAAGACCAGGUGCAAAACCUGGCAGACCGAGUUCGGUAUAUCUUGCGCUCAAAUAUAUUUGAUGUCGCCGAACUCGAACGGCUACGACGUGAGGCUGUUCCCUCGUCGGAUGAGAAUGCUACGGCUGAGGAUGCGGCGCCACAAAUGGUAGAGCAACCCGCAAACGUGGAUGCCGCCGUGAAUACCCCAGUUGUGGUUGAUUCAAACGAUGAUGGAACUGUCGCCCAGGAACUGGAAUUAGAGCAUAUAGCAUAUAGUACAUUGGAAGAGGCGAUUGUGGAAACGCGCAGUACGCCUCUCGAAAAUCGACCGCGACUUCCCCGCAUAGCCCUAAGCAAGCGGAAUCGGGCUGUCGUGAGGGCUCUGAACCCAAUGCUGGUGACCUAUUUGGAAGCCAGCCGGGACCUUUGCGAGACGGACUCAAUUCUUUUUGGCGCCGGGCUGGCAGUCUGCCGUAUCAUAGGUGCCAAGGUUUCCACAGCUGGACGCGCUACUGGCCAUAGUAGCGCUAUCCCAGCAUGGAGAAGAAGAAUUGAGGAACGUAUCGCAAAGGCUAGAGCUCUCAUCGGCUGA